AUGUCUGGCACUACGCAGACCAGCCGUACCUUUACCCUCAAUACGGGCGACAAGCUACCCGCUGUCGGCCUUGGCACAUGGCAGUCGAAGCCCAACGAGGUCAAGCACGCCGUCGAGGCCGCGCUUCGCCAGGGCUACCGCCACAUUGACACGGCGCUCGCGUACGGCAACGAGCGUGAGGUCGGCGAUGGCAUCAAGGCGUCGGGCGUACCCCGGUCCGAAAUUUGGCUGACGACCAAGCUCGACAACCCCUGGCACAAGCGCGUCCAAGAGGGCAUCGCUUCUUCGCUCGAGAGCCUUCAGACCGACUAUGUCGACCUCUACCUGAUGCACUGGCCUUCCUCGACCGAUCCCGAGGACCUCAAGAAGCACCACCCUGACUGGGACUUUGUCGACACGUGGCGCGAGAUGCAGAAGCUUGUCGGCACCGGCAAGGUUCGCAACAUUGGCGUGUCCAACUUUGGCAUCAAGAACCUCGAGCGCCUGCUCAACGACCCCUCCUGCAAGAUUGUCCCCGCGGUCAACCAGAUUGAGCUCCACCCUUGCAACCCGUCGCCGAAGCUCCUCGAGUACAACGCAUCCAAGGGCAUCCACUCGACGGCGUAUUCAUGCCUCGGCAGCACCGACUCGCCCCUGUACAAGAACGAGACGCUGCUGAACAUUGCCAAGGCCAAGGGCAAGACGCCUCAGCAGGUUCUCCUCCUGUGGGGUCUGAGUCGCGGUAGCAGCGUCAUUCCCAAGUCCGUCUCCAAGGAGCGCAUCGCCGCCAACUAUGAGCUCGACGGCUGGGAGCUGACCGACGACGAGAUUAAGCAGCUGUCGAGCAUUCCCGACCGCUUCAAGGUGUGCGGCGACGCGUGGCUGCCCAUCAAGGUUUUCUUCGGCGAUGACGAGUAA